AAAGGACUUGUAUACACCAAACAUCAGCAAGCCAAGUAAUCCUUCCUUUUGUGCUUAACAUGGCUGACGAACAAACUGCCCCCAGAAAGAGAACUUUCCGUAAGUUUACCUACCGUGGCGUUGAACUCGAACAACUCUUGGACAUGUCCUCUGAACAAUUCAUGGACCUCGUCCAUGCUCGUGCCCGUAGAAGAUUCCAACGUGGUCUUAAGCGUAAGCCUAUGGGUCUCAUCAAGAAGCUCCGUGCUGCCAAGAAGGCUGCCACACCCGGUGAAAGACCCGAAGUUGUCAAGACCCACCUCCGUGAUAUGAUCAUCGUUCCUGAAAUGAUCGGCUCUGUCAUUGGUAUCUACAACGGUAAGACCUUCAACCAAGUUGAAAUCAAGCCUGAAAUGACUGGCCACUACCUCGGUGAAUUCUCCAUCACCUACAAGCCCGUUAAGCACGGUCGUCCCGGUAUUGGUGCUACUCACUCUUCCAAGUUCGUUCCUCUCAAAUAAACAAACUGUACUAUGCAUUAUCUCCAAUGCUGAUUAUUUUGAUAAUAUACGGUUAAACAAUAGCAAUUACACUUUAGUUGG